AUGAAUGCGCCAGAUCGCUACGAGCGCUUUGUCGUGCCUGAGGGCACCAAGAAAGUGUCGUAUGAGAGGGACACAAAGAUCGUGAAUGCCGCAUCUUUCACUAUCGAGCGUGAGGACCACACCAUCGGCAACAUCGUCCGCAUGCAACUGCACAGAGACCCAAAUGUGCUCUUUGCUGGCUAUAAGCUCCCUCAUCCACUUCAGUACAAGAUCAUCGUGAGGAUCCAUACUACCAGCCAGUCCUCCCCAACACAGGCCUACACCCAGGCAAUCAAUGAUCUGGACAAGGAGCUUGAGUACCUCAAGCAAGCUUUUGAGGUCUAUUUCUGA